AUGCGGUCGCUCAUAGCUAACGAGCUCAAGGUGGCUUCGGCGGUGAUCGCGGCGGACGAGGCGGAGCCAGAGGAGGUGGUCGGGGAGGUGGGAGAGGUGCUCCUCGAGGCCGUGGCGCACCGCGUGGAGGAAGAGGUGGAGGGCCUGGAAGAUUUGCUCGUCACGAAGAACUUGACGCCCGGAGAGGCUGUUUAUGGAGAGAAGCGCAUAUCCGUCCAGACCACGGCUGAGAACAACGCUGGUGCCGUCAAUGGGGAGGCUGCACCUGCCACGCAGACCGAAUACCGCGUCUGGAAUCCUUUCAGGAGCAAGCUUGCAGCAGGUAUCCUGGGCGGUAUGGAGGAGAUCUACAUGCGGCCUGGAUCGAAAGUGCUUUACCUAGGAGCGGCAAGCGGGACCAGUGUAUCUCACGUCGCAGACAUCGUAGGACCUACGGGUACUGUGUACGCCGUCGAGUUCAGCCAUAGGUCCGGACGCGACCUCGUCAACAUGGCCACACACAGGACAAACGUGAUACCUAUCGUCGAAGACGCCCGACACCCCUUAAAGUACCGUAUGUUGGUCGGUAUGGUCGACUGCAUUUUCGCAGACGUCGCGCAGCCAGAUCAAGCUCGUAUCGUCGGUCUUAACGCCCAUCUCUUCUUGAAGCAAGGCGGCGGUGUCGUCAUCUCCAUCAAAGCCAACUGCAUUGACAGCACGUCGCCAGCUGAGCAGGUCUUUGCGAGAGAAGUGCAGAAGCUGAGGGAGGAGAGGAUCAAGCCGAAGGAGCAGCUUACGUUGGAACCGUUCGAGAGGGACCAUGCUAUGGUUUGUGGUGUGUACCAGCGUUCCGCUGCUUAG